CUCAACAAUACACAGCUUAGGCAAAAUUAGAAGGGAAGUAAUCUUGCUACUUUGGGUAGACGAGAGGGAACCUUCGUAAAAAUGAGUUAUUCCAAAAAAGAUGAAGAUAACGAUGAGUCAAUAUUCUCCAAUAUAAAUCAGGUUUCUGUAACGCAAGAUGCGAGAGCAUUUCACCAAUCUUCAAUCUCACCUCGGAAAAGCCGAAUGUUGCUUUGCAAGAUUGCAUAUCUACUGUAUACUGGAGAUCGAUUUCCUGAGAAGCAAGCAACUGAGCUCUUUUUUGGCAUCACGAAGCUUUUUCAGCACAAGGAUCCUAGUCUUAGACAAUUUGUGUAUAUUAUAAUUAAGGAAUUGUCUUCGGUUGCGCAGGAUGUGAUUAUGAUUACUAGUAGUAUUAUGAAAGACACUGCUACUGGAAGUGAAGUGGUUUAUCGUCCGAAUGCUAUUCGUUCACUCGUUCGAGUGAUUGACGCGAACACUGUACCUGCUAUCGAGCGUAUCCUUACAACUGCCGUCGUUGACCCAGUUUCCGCUGUUGCUAGUGCUGCGUUGGUUUCCGCUUACCACUUGUAUCCGGUAGCCAAAGAUGUGGUGUCCCGUUGGAGUAACAAGGCUCAAGAUGCUACGACUUCCCAUAUUGUUGGUAGAAAGGUUGCAAAUUCGCCCUUUUUUGCUACUUCUCUAGGCUAUACGCCUUCUUCCAGUGGUAUUUCUCAAUAUCAUGCACUUGCUCUUUUGUAUAGAAUCAGACAGUCAGAUCAUAUCGCUGUCUUAAAAAUAUUUCGUGAUAUUGCUUCGAAAGUUGCUGGACUUUCAAAUUCUCAUGCUUUCGUCAUGUACGUCCGCUAUGUCGCUAGUCUUAUGGAUCAAUAUCCUGAUAUGCGUAAAGAUAUGGUUCCUCUGUUCCAUAGCUGGUUGAAAGGUAAAGGUGAUAUGGUCAAUUUGGAAAUUGCCCGGAACAUGGUUCGCUUAAAGACCCUUGACGAUGAGGACAUACGUCCCGUAGUCGCUGUAUUAACCAUAUUUCUUACCUCUCAUCGCUCUGCCGCUCGUUUUUCUGCAGUCCGUACUUUAAAUGAGUUAGCCAUGACUCGUCCUCAUCUUCUCUACUCUUGCAAUCCUAUGAUUGAAAGUCUAAUCACUGAUGCGAACCGCUCCAUAGCAACUUAUGCUAUUACCACUUUACUUAAGACUGGAAAUGAAGAAUCUGUUGACCGUCUUAUGUUGCAAAUAGCUAACUUUAUGUCUGAAAUUCCCGAUAACUUUAAGAUUAUCGUUGUUGAUGCCAUUCGUUCCUUAUGCCUGAAAUUCCCUCGUAAACAGGAGGCAAUGUUAUCUUUCCUUAGCAACAUUCUUAGUGACGAGGGUGGUUACGAGUUUAAACGUGCUGCUAUUGAUGCUAUUUUCGAUAUGAUCAAAUAUAUUCCUGAAUCUAAGGAGAAGGCACUUGCAGAACUCUGUGAGUUUAUUGAAGACUGUGAGUAUCCUAAGAUUGCAGUUCGCAUCCUGUGUAUAUUAGGUGAAGAAGGACCUAGGGCUGCAGAACCGACUAGAUUUAUUCGGUACAUAUAUAAUAGAAUCAUGCUUGAAAAUGCAAUUGUCCGUUCUGCAGCUGUUAGUGCGCUCACCAAGUUUGGUGUUAAUGCCAAGGACGACUUUGUUAAGCAUAGUGUAAGAGUCAUUCUUUCCAGAUGCUUGGAUGAUGCUGAUGACGAAGUGCGCGAUCGUGCUGCUUUCAGCGUUAAAGUUUUAGAUGACAUGGAUUCCUUCUUACCUUUUGUCAAAUCUAAUAAAGUUCCUUCUAUCCCAGCAUUAGAACGUAGUCUUGUUCUUUACGUUACUGGUGACAAAUUUGAUCAACCUUUCGACAUUGAGGCCGUUCCUAUGUUGACUCAGGAAGAAAUUGAUGCUGAGAAUCUUAAAAUCAAGAAGGCGUCUACUGAGAUUGCUCAUAUUGCACCGGCUCCUACUGUUGAUGAGAGUGCCGAAGAGGUUGUGAAAGCCGAAAACGAAUUUAAAUCUGUUUUGAAUUCAAUUCCUGAGUUCAGUUCUUUCGGUCCGGUUUUGAAAUCGUCUUCCUUGAUUGAGGUUACGGAACGCGAAACUGAGUAUGUGGUUAAGGCCAUUAAGCAUAUAUUCGAAAAGCAUAUUGUCAUUCAGUACCAACUCCAUAAUACACUUACGGAGGUUUUAUUGGAGAAUGUCACGGUUGGCUGCACACCAUCUAAUGAAAAUCUAAUCGAGGAAUUUGUGAUUCCUGCACCAGUUGCUGCCAACGAACCAGUCUCAAUUUACGUUAGUUUCUCGUAUGAAGGUUCUGAAUUGUUCAGUACUCCUACAAUUAUUGAAAAUGUAUUACGAUUUACUUCUAAAGAAAUUGAUCCUCAUACGGGCGAAGCAGAAGAAGAAGGCUACGAUGAUGAAUACAAUAUCGAUAAUUUGUGGCUUAAGUAUGGGGACUUUUGCGUUUCUUCCACAGUUUCCAACUUUGAUGAAAUCUGGGAGCAACUUGGCCAUGAAAGUUCCGCGGUUUAUUCUCUUAGUGAAAUUGAGUCUUUCAGUAACGCAUGUUCUCACUUGGUGGAACUUUUGCAAAUGCAACCUGUGGACGAAACGGAUCAUGUAACAGACGAAGAACCUUUGCAUGUACUGAAAUUAUGCGGUGAGUUUGUUUCCGGAGGAAAGGUGCUUGUAGUUAUAAAAAUGAUUCGUGCGAAUGGCACAGAAGGUGUCACCAUUAAAUUAAUUACAAGGGCUGAAAACGAGAAAGCUGUAAAAAGUUUGCCAACCGCUUUUGAAGGUUAAACAAUGGAAACAAGUUACUUCAUCCAACGAGAAACGAAUUUCAUGAAAGUAGAUUUAAUUCAAAGAUGGAACCGACAAUGCUAUGUAUAAGUGGAAGAUAAAUAGAAACAAAAAUCUUAAUUAUAUUAGGCAGACGAGAAUGAAUGAAUUUUGAAAGAGUA